AGCAGGCCUGCCUCUUCCGAGGGCAGCUCUGGAUCCUGAGUCCCUGUGAAUCGGAAACCAAAACUGUGCCUCGUGUGCUGACGAAAGUUAAAGACCGAGCCAGUCAAGUUUGAAACUCGCAGGAACACAGCGGAGCAGAUUCCUGGCGUCUGGCCCCGAGGCCCUUACAAAUGAGCCAAGAAAAAACGUCACCCGCGAGCCCUGUACUUGCUCACUUGGGUCCUCAGUUGUAACUAUCCCGUCGUUUGAGAGCUGUCCUUUGAUAGGGUUACGUAGCAGCCCUUUGAACUAGUGGAAUUCAAAAAGGAAAAAAAAAAAAAACAUUGUGCCGAGUGGCCCUGGGGUUCGGAGCGGACGCAGUUGGUAAGUCUGGCGCGUAAAGGGUGGCUCCGCUUUCGGGCGCCCAGCUGGCCGCCCCACUCCCGAGUUUCGUUCGGCUGCCCGCCCGGCUGGACCGUGGGCAGGGCCGCCCUCGGGGAGCACACUUACCACCCCGGGCGCCCGGCUCCGGCGUCGGCGGGAGGCUUCGAGCAGCUCCGGGAGGGCGCGAGGGGGCGGGCGGGCGCACUGACUCAGCCGGAGCGCGGGGCUGCGGCGCGGGAGCGGAGGGGUUAAGUGGGCGGCGCCGGCGCGUUCCGCCCCGCCCUGCCGGCCCCGAGGCCGCGGCGCCUGGCCGUACUUAAAGCGGCGGCGCCUGGCGCGCCGCGUCUCCCCCGCUGGCCCCGGCCGCGGCGUCCCGACUCCCGCUCCCGCAGCGAAGGCGCCAUGGAGCGGCCGGCACCCCUAACCGUGCUGCCCUUCUCGGAUCCCGCGCACGCGCUGAGCCUGCUUCGCGGCCUGAGCCAGCUGCGCGCCGAGCGCAAGUUCCUGGACGUGACCCUGGAGGCGGCGGGCGGGCGCGACUUCCCGGCGCACCGCGCCGUGCUAGCGGCCGCCAGCCCCUACUUCCGCGCCAUGUUCGCCGGCCAACUGCGCGAGAGCCGCGCCGAGCGGGUGCGCCUGCACGGCGUGCCGCCCGACAUGCUGCAGCUGCUGCUCGACUUCAGCUACACGGGCCGCGUGGCGGUGAGCGGCGACAACGCCGAGCCGCUGCUGCGCGCCGCUGACCUGCUGCAGUUCCCGGCCGUGAAGGAGGCGUGCGGCGCCUUCCUGCAGCAGCAGCUCGACCUAGCCAACUGCCUGGACAUGCAGGACUUCGCCGAGGCCUUCAGCUGCGCGGGCCUGGCGAGCGCGGCGCAGCGCUUCAUCCUGCGCCACGUGGGCGAGCUGGGCGCCGAGCAGCUGGAGCGGCUGCCGCUGGCGCGCUUGCUGCGCUACUUGCGCGACGACGGGCUGUGCGUGCCCAAGGAAGAGGCCGCCUACCAGCUGGCGCUGCGCUGGGUGCGCGCCGACCCGACGCGCCGCGCCGCGCACUGGCCGCAGCUGCUCGAGGCCGUGCGCCUGCCCUUCGUACGUCGCUUCUACCUGCUGGCGCACGUCGAGGCCGAGCCUCUGGUGGCGCGCUGCCCGCCCUGCCUGCGCCUGCUGCGCGAGGCGCGCGACUUCCAGGCGGCGCGCUACGACCGCCACGACCGCGGGCCCUGCCCUCGCAUGCGCCCGCGCCCCUCCACCGGCCUGGCCGAGAUCCUAGUGCUGGUGGGCGGCUGCGACCAGGACUGCGACGAGCUAGUCACGGUCGACUGCUACAACCCGCAGACGGGCCAGUGGCGCUACCUGGCCGAAUUCCCCGACCACCUGGGCGGGGGCUACAGCAUCGUGGCGCUGGGCAACGACAUCUACGUGACGGGUGGAUCAGACGGCUCAAGGCUUUACGACUGCGUGUGGAGGUACAACUCCAGUGUGAACGAGUGGACAGAGGCAGCACCCAUGCUGAAGGCCCGCGAGUACCACAGCUCCUCUGUGCUGGACGGGCUGCUGUACGUGGUGGCUGCGGACAGCACGGAGCGCUAUGACCACACCACUGACUCCUGGGAGGCCUUGCAGCCCAUGACCUACCCCAUGGACAAUUGCUCUACCACUGCCUGCCGUGGCCGACUCUACGCCAUCGGCUCCCUGGCCGGCAAGGAGGCCAUGGUGAUGCAGUCAUACCACCCGGACGCGGGCCUGUGGUCGCUGGUGGACUGUGGCCAGCUCCCACCCUGGUCUUUUGCCCCCAAGACGGUGACUCUGAAUGGACUCAUGUACUUCAUCAGGGAUGACUCUGCCGAGGUGGACGUCUACAACCCCACCAAGAACGAAUGGGACAAGAUCCCGCCUAUGAAUCAGGUGCAUGUCGGGGGCAGCCUGGCCGUCCUUGGAGGGAAGCUGUAUGUCUCAGGGGGGUAUGAUAAUACGUUUGAACUGUCGGACGUGGUAGAAGCAUAUGACCCAGAGACUCGGGCCUGGAGUGUGGUGGGGCGGCUCCCCGAGCCCACCUUCUGGCACGGCAGCGUCAGCAUCUUCCGCCAGUUCAUGCCCCAGGUGCUCUCAGGCGGGCGCAGCUUUGAGCUGAACAGUGGCAGCAGUGACGUGGACGGGGGCCGGCCCCGGCUGCUGCAGAACCCCAACGAGCUGCAUUAGCCCCGGCUUGGCCCCGGCAGGGCCUCGGUGCAGGUAACCCGACACCUCUAGGGGGCGACAGCCCCCUCUGUGCACAAGGACAGGUUGGGCUCUCCAGGUGGAGCCCAGGCUCCUGGGCUGCUGAGCGAGCCCCAGGGUAUGGCACCUGGGGAGUCUGUGCGCUUGAGAGUCUGAGUCACAGCUGCCGGGGCCAAAGCCAGCUGCGAAUGUUCCUUCUUCCAUCCGGGAUAUGCUGCCUCCCUCCUGGCACGUGUCUCUGGCCCCACCAGGUCACCCCAACCUGCAGGCCCCAUCUCACCAACACAGGGCACACCCACCUGCUGCCACCACCUAUGCAUUCCUGCUCCUGUGUGGGAGAGGAGCAAUAGCCACUUCCAGGAUGCCGGGGGAGGAGGAGGGGUCCUCCCAGGAGGGUCUGAGGUGGCCUAGGCCGGACUUCUGGUGGGCCCCGCUGUCCUGGAGCUUCAGGAAUCAGGUGAUGGCUACAGCAGGGGCCCAAGCUCCACAUGCAGUGGGCCAGCGCCUUGGGUGGAAGGGGUCUGCCUGCCUAGUUCCAUGCCCCUGCUGGGGUCUCACACCAAAACACUCUUCAUGGGGUGGGCGUCCCUGACAUGAGCUCAGACCCAAGGCCCAGAGUGGCAGGACUGGAGUGUGGCCUCUGCCAGGCUCCACAGACCUGCUGAGUGCUUGCUGACUCCUGCGGACUUGGGCUGAGGCAAAUGCAUUUUGGCCCUUAAAAAGAGACAGGUUGGCAGGGGAUGGUGGGCAGCUAGAAACAGGAUCCCUGUCUACCCAUCUCACCAGCCAUGUGUCCCCACCUAACUUGGAGACCUCUUGAGGACCUUUAUCCCAGGUUGAUGCGGAAGAGGGUGAAAACCUGCACGUGUGGGCUCGCAGCUCCUUACUGGGAUGCCCUGGGCUGGCAAACAGCUGCAGACACUCCGCCAGCCUGAACACCACUGAAAUCCUGACACUUCUAAAGGAAGCCCCAGCACUUGGGUUUUCGGCCUCUCUGUGGUUGAUUGCAGGUUUUAAAAUGCAUUUUGACCCUUAAAAAGAGACAGGUUGGCAGGGGAUGGUGGGCAGGGCAGCUAGAAACAGGGUCAGGUUUGUUAGAUUUUUAACAAAUUAACAUUAGAGUGCCACUGAAGCUGUCCACAGGGGUGGGGGAAAUACCUCAUCUCCUCAGUAGCCAAGAGGAGCUCCCAGGAAACUGUAGAGGGACUGUGAUCAUCUGUGUGGAUUGGGUGAUUUUGUUCCCUCAAGAUCCCCGAAAUAGCCUUUGCUUGACUGUCUUCCUUCGCUUCCAGAGAGGAGGGUCUCUGCAUCCUCACUAGGGAAAUUGACAGCAGGUGUUCAUGGAGUUGCCUUUUCUCAGUGAACUAACAGAGAUGAGUUCUCACCAGGAGGGAAAAAAGUUUAGCACCUCAACUUAGAAAGUGGCCCUUAAAACCUGCACGUUGGCCAGAUGGCAAGGGGUGGGGGUGCAUGGGGCCCCGUGUCCUGCAGGGCUGUCAGGUUGGUGCCCUGCCUUCCCUCCUGAGAGCCCAUGAGGCAUCCUAGUGCCCUGUCAUUGCUGUCAGAUGAGAUGGCUUGCUCUGAUGGAGUGGCCACAGUUCCCAGCCAGCCCUUCCUGUCCCCCAGGACUUGGGGCUACCCUGGUCACUCCUGAGUGCCAGCUUUGGGCCCCAUGGGCCUUGGGUCGACAUGCACCUGGGAUUCUGGGGGCUGGCUGCUGCUGUGGGGCCCUGCCUCCUUGGGGACCCUCCCCAUGAGUUGGAACUCCCCUACCCCUACCACCUGCACUGUCUUGCCCUGCGUGCUGCCCUCCCAGGGCCACAUUCACCGAUUCCCCUGCAGGCACAGGCUGCCCAGGCCCGAUGGCUUGUCUCCUGUCUCUGUUGUGGCAGAGGGACGGCAGGGCACCAGGUUCAGUGCCAGAGUGUUCCCUGCCAGGUCGGUGUGGGGCAUGGACUCUGACAGGCACUGGGGGGCCUCCUAGAGGAACGGUGUAGACCUGGAUCUCGAGGAUGCCGGGUGCCCUUCCUAGGGGCGGUCUCCACAGAGGGCCCCCCCAGCAGCCCAAGAAGGUGGGUGGGGAGUGGAGGGUAGAUGUGUGCACAGUCACCAGAGCUCUCCCCACCUCCUUCCAGUCGGGGCCUGGGACUCUGUCGGGGUCAAGGAUUUUCCAUAUAGUGACUUGCAGGGACAGGUACCAUGUAAAGCUUUUUUGGUGAGAUGGGGAGUUGUAAAUGCUUUCUUGUUUUUCUUAAAAAACUGCCUUGAGCCCCCAUGGCAGGUACACAUAUGCCGGGGGCUGGGCAGCUCGGGUCUUCGGCCCCCCCUCCUCUGGGUACCGCGCCGAGCCUGGCCUUCCUGGUCCCCGGGGCUGCACAAGAGGUGGCUGCUGUGGGGUGGGCUCGUGGCCUCCGUGUUCGCCCUCUAGAGCUACCCAGGCCCCCACCAACUUUUAAACCUUGGUUUAAAAGAUCAAGGACAGGAAAGGAAGGCAGCAGCCACAUCGCAGGGAUCAUGCAUCAGGGAUGACCCUUCUGAAAUGCCCGGCUCCCUUCCCUGCCCUUCCUGCUCCCCUGGGCACAGGUUCAAGGCUGUGAGGCCCCCACCACUUAGGGAUGUCUGUACACUGACUUGGGGACAUAGGCAGGGCCAGCUGGGGGUGGGGUGGUCUGUGGGCCAGAUAUACACAAGUAUCAGUCCACGGGACAAAAGUUAUGAAAGGCUGGUGACUAGUAUUUAAUGCUGAGCUACUAUAGUGUUCUGUAUUUAUAUGGCUUCGGGGAGACUCAUGUACUAAGGACACCCUCAUGUGUCCAACAAGGGGGGCAGUUUGCAUAUUUAUUUGUUCUGUAGGUUUGUGUGUCCAGAAUCCUCUGUAAGAUCUUAGGAUGCUUUCAGUACAUACUUUCUGAAAUAAAAAUAUUUGCUAUACA